AACAGACAGCUGUACUUUGAAGAAUGAUGUCAAUUUAGGACAUGCAUUGGGCUUGGUCAAGUUGUUGCUUUUUUCCUGAUUUCAUACGUUUUGCAAAAAAAUCCUUGUGAAUGAUGGGAUACGACUUGAUUGUGGAUGGUUUGCAGACGAAAGUGACUGUAUACGACGAUAAGUUAACGUUUGAAUCAAGUGGCAAAACAGAGAUCAGUUACCAGUUAAAUGACGUCAUCGGUUGUGAUGAAGCAGUAAAGGGAUGGUUUACCAAAACCGAGUUUACUCGAGUAUGGCUGAUCGAAAACGGUGCUUCAAAUACGCUGCUGAAAAAAUGCAAAAUAAUAACUGGGGAUCAAAGAAAAGAUUUUCAACAAGAUUUGACAAAAAGAAUAGCAAAUGGAACAAAACGUCCCAAGAAAGUUUUGAUUAUGAUAAACCCUAUUGGCGGCAAUGGCACAGCCAGAAAGGAUUUCAGGAAAAUUGUGGAACCAGUUUUUAAACUUUCGGGAAUAUCAAUGGAUAUACUAUUUUCUGAACGUGCAGGACAUAUGAUAGAUGUGGCAAAAACCUACGACAUUUCUAAAAUUGAUGGAAUAGUUCUCCUCGGAGGAGACGGGUCAUAUCAUGAAGUGGUCAACGUGUUGAUGAGAAGGAGACAAGAGGAACAAGGCGUGGAUAUCAACGAUCAAAAUGCUCAGCUGUCCCCUUUGACCAUUCCCAUAGCCAUGAUACCAACUGGAACUGGUUGUGGGGUGACGGAAAAUAACACUGGCUGCAAAGACGUCCUUACCGCUGCUCUUCAUGUUGUUAAAGGAAGAACUGUGUCGUCGCACCUGCUAGCUCUGUACAACAAUGGUAAACUCCUCGGAUUCGGGGGAACGGCGUGUACUUACGGAGUAUUGACAGAUCUACUGUACUACUCCGACAGGAAGUUUCGAUGGCUCGGGCGAUCGCGAUAUUUUAUUGUUCCCAUGUGGAUGUUCCUUUUCAAAUCUCAAACAAAUCGCGUUUUCACAGCCAAGGUCACCUAUUUUACAUCAGUUACUGAAAGACGCAAUAGUGACAGCAAUGAGACGGAGAUCUUGGUUGAAGACAAAAAGCUUUCAGGAUACAGUUCUUAUACUUCUGAUACAGUGAUCUUCGACCGGAAGUUGUGGAACAUGAUGACCUUGAAUGGUAACGUCAUCUUUGACGGUCAGGUGAUUUUUGACGUCCCUAGAAUGUUUGUACCUAAACCCACCACGCUUUCCACAUUUCAUUUUUAUGAUGAAUUUUCUGCUGGGGUUAUGUUCCGGUUUUUCAAACACGUUGCUAGGAGGACACCGAUGGAAGUCUCGAACAGUGAUUUGGAGGCAUUAAAUGUCCGAGGAUUCACGGUUGAAAUGAAGGACAGUUUUGAGAACGAAGAUCCGGAACUGACAUUAUUGAGGCGGCUUAUUCAAUUGGAUGGGGAGAUGUAUGAGCUGGAAUCUCCAUCAUUUCAAUUAUGGUACAAGCUAGACGUUGUACAGAUCUUCUCCAGUUAUCUUUGAAUCACUAAGAUACACAACCUUAUCAAGAUGUGAUUGUUGUAUGCCUUAAUAUUAAUUUCAAAUUUUUGAACAUAUCAAGGACUUUUUUUGUACACGCAAAAAUAAGCUUGACUAUAUUUUCAGUUGAUAAUCUAAGAUAAUAAAUUAAUAAUGUAAAAGAUUUGAAGAUAACGAAAAGUGAUCGCUCUUUGAAAAUUCUUCAAAAAAAAAUUAUAAGUGGAGGGCACAAAACAAGGAGCCCUGGAAAUUUCAAAGGUGUGAUCAGGUGCGUGUCUCUAAUAACCUUGAAUUACUAGUGCAAUUUACAAAUAAAAAUAAAGCAAUCAAAUCCUUUACUUCAGUUUAUAAAUCAUAAACUAUUUAUUUACGCAAACUACACAAGUAUGUUCAACUGAUUUUUUGUAUAUUUGAGUUGCCUGAGCUAGUUAUUUUAUGGUGCUUUCUUUUUUUCCUUGCCACAGUCUUUGUAUUUCAUAAAACUGUAUUUUAUGUUGUAAUAUAAGUUGUAUAUUUUUUUAAUGGCAUAAUUACCUCCCAUUUACAUGUAUAUGC